ACGGACACUGAUCAACAUAUAUAUAUAUAAUUUUUGUGUUAUUGUGGGAAGCUAAUCGACCCGGGACAGCCUUACCAUAUUCUACACAAUAAACAGUACGAUAAUGCCUGAAACCGUAAUGGACUUCAGAUAUACAUGCUGACGAUUAAGAAACACCUUUCUCUUGAACUGUGGGUGUAUAAUACACUUAACAGAGAGACGUGAAAAUGAAGAUAGGGCAACAUGGAUUAGGUUCUUUGCCUUUAGUCCCUCCCACCGUGCAUCAAGAACUUGUAUCUCCUAGCCGCAGUGUUAUUUCUGUGCUGUCUCGACACUGUAAUCCACCACAGACCUGGCUGAGCUUUACGCAGGACAGUCGGAGCCGAGUGUCUAUUAGCGCGCACGUCUCCAGAAAUCCCUGCUGAAGCUCAGGUCGACAUGGGACGCAAAGAGGAAUCUGACGAGUGGAAGAAGAGGACCGAUAACAUCCAGGAUGUGUUUGACUUCAUGGAAGUCCUGGGAUCGGGCGCUUUCUCUGAGGUGUUCAUGGUGAAGGAGAGAAAGACAGGCAAGCACUUUGCCCUGAAGUGUGUGAAGAAGAAGCCAAAGAGGGACAACAUCCUCGAGAAUGAGAUUGCUGUCUUACGGAGAAUCAAGCAUGAGAACGUGGUGGGUCUGGAGGGCAUCUACGAGAGCCGCUCUCACUACUACCUGCUCAUGCAGCUAGUCUCUGGUGGCGAGCUGUUUGACCGCAUCCUGGAGCGCGGCGUCUAUACAGAAAAGGAUGCCAGCCUGGUGAUCCGGCAGGUGCUACAGGCAGUCAGCUAUCUCCACAAGAACGGCAUCGUGCACCGUGACUUGAAGCCAGAGAACCUGCUGUAUUACAACACAGAUGAGAACUCCAAGAUCAUGAUCAGUGACUUUGGCCUGUCCAAGAUGGAAGACAACGGUAUCAUGUCUACUGCCUGUGGGACACCAGGAUACGUGGCCCCUGAGGUUCUGGCUCAGAAACCCUAUAGCAAGGCUGUGGACUGCUGGUCCAUUGGCGUCAUCACCUACAUUCUGCUGUGUGGGUACCCCCCCUUCUAUGAAGACACAGAGACCCGGCUCUUCUCCAAAAUUAUGAAGGCGCAGUACGAGUUUGACUCGCCCUUCUGGGAUAACAUCUCUGACUCCGCAAAGGACUUCAUCCGAAACAUGAUGCAGAAGAACCCCAAGAUGCGUUACACCCCAGAGCAGGCCCUCCGACACCUGUGGAUUACAGGGGAAACGGCCCGCACCCAGGACAUUUACCAGUCCGUCAGCCAGCAGAUCCAGAAGAAUUUCGCUAAGUCCAAGUGGAAGCAAGCCUUCAAUGCCACCGUGGCCAUUAACCACCUGAAGAAGCUGCACCUGGCCCACUGUGAGGCCCUCGCCGCCAGCGCUCAAGCCCUCGAGCAAGUCCCUGACGUUGAGAUAGUGGAUCUGUCAUCUCCUGAGGAGACCCAGCGGGACCUGGAAGUCGAGGACCUGGAACCUGGACCGGACAGCCACACAGCGCUUCCUCUGGGGCCCAAAGAGACCAAAGAGCAUUGCUAUGCACUGAGGAGCAGCCACAGUGAACCGGGCCGUAGCCUUAGCGUCGUCGGGAAGGACCGGCACAUCUAUCGGUCUGAGCCCACCAGCCUCAACGGGGCACCCUGCCACUACAGCACCAUGACCAUUGGAACCCAUGACACCAUGCAGUCACUGCAGACUGGCGUGUGCUCUGUCAUGUGAUCACGGCGGUAUGAGCAGGACAGAGCAAGAGUUGGAUGGCUUUUGUGCUGAAAACUCAGCUUGACGGUGGUUCAGCUUGGCCAGACCUGCCCAGAUGCAUGUUUGUACGGAUGUAGGUCACUCUGACUGACUGAGUGUAUCCAACACGAAGCCCAAGCAGAAUCACUCUGAAAGUAAAGCAAUGCAGAGUGCCUGGAAAAACUAAAACAAACACAUAUGUAUACAAUGUCAUCACAUAGGUGUUCUGUGUUCCGUAUGUUCGAAACGGGCCGCAAACUCACUAUUGUAAGUGGCUAGUCUUGACUUUAUCGCUUUGAAUGACGACGUGUGUUUGAGCGCUGUGUCCGUUGCUCUGUGACUGAACAUUUGUAAAGGACUGUGCAGGAAGGAUGGGUUGCGGUUAAAAGUCCGGCUGGUGGCAUCACCGUGGACCAGGUGUGCUUUCAGCCGUGGGAUGUUGAAGGACUCCCAUUGGACCAUACUGGCAGAGCCAGGGUAACGCCUCACUUCUUAGCACUCCUCCCGGGGCAUCCUGGAAGGCGGGCACAGUUUCCUAAGCGUGUGCUGUACUAUAAGCCGUGCUCAUGAGGGCGUAGUUGAGCUGUCAUUUAGAAGGGGACAGAAACCCUGUGGUGGGGGGGAAGUAGAGCGCACUGGAGGUCAGUUCUGCCAUCUCAAUGGAGGAUUUCUUGCAGAGGUGUAGUGUCUUGUUGUUUGGGGUGAUUUUUGUACCUUUCUUUGCAAAAGCACACAUUUCCAGAGCGUAUGGAAUGAUGCUGCUCUUGAGCCUCGCCGAUAGCUCGCCUGAACGUGCCAAUGCUCAUUAUAUCAGGAUGGGGGGGGGGGGGUCACUCUUAUAUAUUACAUAUGAAUGUCUAUGACUGUAAUCUGGUGUGUAAUCUGCUAUGGAGAUAUAAUUAUUCAGUUAGUUCUGCUAUUGUCACAGACGGAAUACAGAGUACAAGCUUUUGUUGUGUAAAUACAAAAAUAUGCUGUCUUUGCUUUUGGUAACCAUCCCGAAUAAAGCCCGGUGUGUACGCCA